GGAUCGUGGCCGCGAGACGCAUGUGCAGGAGCAAGAGGAUGGAAAAAGGGGGUCUUUGGACGGGGAAGGCGAGAUGCAACAUCAGUCAUGCGAGGGCCAAGGGCACAAUCAUAGAGAGGAUAUCGCACCGUCCAAUGGGUACUGCUCCGCCAUCUCGAGCCUCAUUGCGCAUCGCGGUCAUCGAUGGGCAAGGCACUUCUCAUACCUGGGCUUUCGUCAUCGCGGCCCGAUGCUACCAAGCUCCACUCUUCGGCUCUGUCAAGGGCGCACUGUCGUUCGCAUUGGGACAGCUUGACGAUACCGAGAGAAGUUGAGCCUGACCAGCAAUGCUCUAACAAGGUCGCAGAAUUCCAAAGGUCACCACACUUCGGUCCUGUACUCGCACCGGCGUCAUCCGCCGUUGCCGGAGACCGGAGACGUCCCUUCAACUGUACGGUCACCCAGCCAGUCUUUGGUGCUGUGGAAUCGUUCAAGCAUGCUGAGGGCUUCAGUAAAGUUCGACUUUCCACGACUCACCAAGCUGGUUGCUCGGAUGACACUCACAUCGCACCACAGAACCAGGUCGCUAUCUGGGUUGUUCGAAUCAACUCGUUCGUUCAGGUGCUGGACACCGCGCAUCACAUGGGAGGUGGAGUGCUUCCCGUCAGCAUCUUCGUCCCAGGCCGGCAACAGGCAGGGCCCGUAGCUCGGCGAGCGACUCACAUCGGUUCGGGUCGAGUUGGUGUCGAAGAAGCCCUAGACAAAGUCAGCAAGAAUGGUCAGCCGUGGCGCAUAGGGGUCAGUGAUGCAUCAACAACUUCCUCGCUUCCUUGUCUGGGUGCUCACUCGCAAGUGCCUGUUUUCCGUACCACGCCCAUCGAACCACGAGUUGGCGCCCCUGAGCUGCCAGGAGAUCUGACUCGUCUUGCAUCCAGUCGCCGUGCCAUUUCCCCCCGUCUUGUUGUCAAUUACCCAGACUGAGAAGUUGUUGGGGAAGUAGCGCUUCGAUGCUACGAUGGCGUCUGACACGACUUGGAUCCCUCGACCCGUGCUGAAGGAUGGACGUGGGAGCAUGGUCAGUGAUGAGGCAAGGCGUAUCAGUCAGCCAGCCUACGAAC